CGAGGGAAACCCUUUCUCCUUCCCCGCCUUCUCCUUCUCCUCUCAAAUUAAUCUCAACCGUCCAUUAAAUGGCCCAAUCUCCUCCUGAGGAUAAUCUCAUCAAGGUCGACCGCAGCCCCACGGGCAUCGGCAUCAUCACCAUCAACCGCCCGAAAUCGCUCAACUCACUCACUAAACCCAUGAUAACGGAUCUGGCCCGAGCAUUCAAGGCUCUGGAGGGGGACGAAUCCGUGCGGGUAAUCAUCAUAUGCGGGGCGGGCCGUGCGUUCUGCUCGGGUGUGGAUCUGACGGCUGCGGAAGACGUUUUCAAGGGGGACGUGAAGAACAUGGACACCGAUCCGGUGUUCCAGAUGGAGAACUGCCGUAAGCCGAUCAUCGGAGCGAUCGGAGGGUUCGCAGUGACUGCGGGUUUCGAGAUCGCGCUCGCCUGCGAUGUACUUGUCGCAGGGAAGAACGCGAAGUUCAUCGACACUCAUGCCAGAUUUGGGAUAUUUCCUUCAUGGGGCCUUUCUCAGAAGCUUUCCCGCAUUAUUGGGCCAAACAGGGCUAGAGAAGUGUCCCUUACAAGCAUGCCAAUAACUGCGGAGAUGGCGGAAAAGUGGGGGCUGGUGAACCAUGUCGUUGAAGAGAGCGAGGUGCUAAAGAAAGCUCAACAAGUUGCAGAGGCCAUGAUCAGGAAUAAUCAAGACAUGGUAUUGAGGUACAAGUCGGUCAUCAACGACGGCUUCAAACUGGACUUGAGCCAUGCUCUUGCCUUAGAGAAGGAGAGGGCACACGCCUUCUAUGAUGGAAUGCCGAAGGACCAAUUCGAGAAAAUGCAGAAAUUCAUAGCAGGCCGAAGCUCGAAGCCCUCUUCCAAACUGUAAACAUAAAUACAUGUUCAUCGACAAAAAUAAAUACAUUGACAUGCUUCAAAAGAGGGGUUGAAAAUAAAUUCCAGACAUGCUAGGAUGCGAUGUCCCCUCAAUUCUCGUCUCCGCCUCCUCUUUUACAAUGAUCUUUUCUCUUUUUUCUACCCCUUUUUUCUCCCUUGUUACCGCCUCCUUCGAUCCACCCAGUGUUGUAACAGCGCUUGUAUAAUGACAAGGCUACUGUCCAUCUCCAGGCGAAAGUUCUGUGCUAAUUGAGAUUUGAAGGGUCCACGAGCGUCGAUCGGAUUGAAAUGCAUUGAGGCCUCUUGUAUUCUGUUUUACUUGUUUGGUGGUUGUACCGUAAACCUCAAUGCUUCUGGUGAAUUGGCUGUGAUUGUAGUAUGAAAUUUCUGCACAGUGAAAAAUCUCCGAUUUUCUUCACAGGUGGAUGUAAUAAUCUUCACGUGGAGCAGCAUGGAUCCAUAUUUUCUUUUGUGUUUUGCUUUCA